AGAGGAAAAAUUCCGUCUCUCUACUUCGUUCUCUCUUCCAAUCCCAAUAUAAUAAUGGAGGCAGUGUUUUGAAUUCUUUGGAAUCAACGCAUUGAGGGAUCUGUUUUCUUCACAUCUUGAUCAGUUGAAGCUGUUUCUCUUGAAGGGUUUGUUAUUUUGUACUGAGCAAUCCAUUCUUGAAUUUUCUUGAUUUCUCAGAUUAGUCAGCUGCGUGAGCUGUGUGGAUGGUUUAUCCCUAUUGUGGAGACCCGUUCUUUAAAGUUCUCAAGGUUUACUUCUUUUGUUCAUUUAAUGAUUUCUUGUUCUUGUCCAAGAAUUAGUACAAAUCUCUUCCUUUUAUGAUUUUCAACUGUCUGCCAUUCGUGGGGAGCUCUCAUAGUUAUGGCGGCUUCUCACAGGAAAGCCCGGGUGAGAGAUGUGGCUUUUUGCCGUAUGAUUUUCAUUGGUGUAUUAGGAGUUGUUUUGUUGGUUUUGCUAAUAAGGACAAAGACAUUUAUAGAUUUAGUUAGCAGACAUUCAACAGAGACUGAUGAGAGUGGAUUGGCUCAUAACUAUACUUUGGUUUCUAAUAAGAAUUUGAAGCUUCCCAGACAGAAUGAGUUCUCGAUUUCCUUAGAAAAACGUAAUCAGAUGCCACCUAGGAACUUAGAUUUAUAUCCCAGGUUAGCCAAGAAUCAUGUAGUCAUUGUGUUGUAUGUUCAUAACCGGCCCCAAUAUCUUCAAGUAGCUGUCGAUAGCCUCUCCCGGGUGGCAGGGAUUAGCGAAACUCUGCUUAUUGUUAGUCAUGAUGGGUACUUUGAGGAGAUGAACAAGAUUGUGGAGAAUAUAAAGUUCUGCCAAGUGAAGCAAAUAUUUGCCCCUUACUCGCCUCACGUCUUUCCUAAUAGCUUUCCUGGUGUUUCACCUAAUGAUUGUAAGGACAAGGAUGAUCCCGCCAAGAAGAAAUGUGAAGGGACUCCAGAUCAGUAUGGCAACCAUCGGUCCCCUAAGAUUGUGUCGUUGAAGCAUCAUUGGUGGUGGAUGAUGAAUACUGUGUGGGACAGUUUAAAGGAGACGAGCCAGCACUCUGGUCAUAUUCUCUUCUUAGAAGAGGACCACUUUAUUUAUCCUAAUGCAUAUCGCAAUUUACAGUUGCUUAUAGAGUUGAAGCCUCAGAAGUGCCCGCAUUGCUAUGCUGCAAAUCUGGCACCGUGCGAUGUGAAAUUGAGGGGAGAAGGGUGGGAGAGUUUGAUAGCAGAAAGGAUGGGAAAUGUGGGAUACUCAUUUAAUCGGACGGUGUGGCAAAAGAUUCAUAGGAAGGCUAGAGAAUUUUGCUCAUUUGAUGAUUAUAAUUGGGAUAUAACAAUGUGGGCUACUGUCUUUCCUUCAUUUGGUGGCCCUGUUUACACAUUGCGUGGACCUAGAACAAGUGCUGUUCAUUUUGGGAAAUGCGGUUUGCAUCAAGGACAGGGGGAGACGGCUUGUAUUGAUAAUGGCGUUUUGAACUUAGAAGUUGCAGAAGUUGAUAGAGUUCCUAAUAUUAAAUCAGAUUGGGGAGUAUAUGUGUAUGAGCACCAAUCAGGUUAUCAAGCUGGCUUUAGGGGUUGGGGAGGCUGGGGAGAUAUAAGAGACCGCCAACUCUGUCUGGAAUUUGCAAAGAUGUAUAGGGCUUCUGGCUAAGAUGUCUGAACCUCGACGGACUGUUGUCUUCCUCUUGCACGUUGGUUGAUUUUGUUGUGUUUAUGAUAGAGAGCAUAAGCUGCUGUUACAAUUUUCUUUUUGUUAUACAUUAGAGAUGAGAACCUUUCUGUUCACACGUCUGCUGUAAGAAACCAACACUAUGCUUUUCCGUUUCUUAAAAUUUGUUCAAGCAUGUUCAUCCUCCAGUGUUUUAUAUGGCUAAUGUACUGAUUAUUUGUUUGAAUAGUUCUUCUUUGCAAAUGAAAUGUCAUGGUUGUUAUUUGACAACUUGAACCCUA